CGCUCGAUCGACAUCGAAGCUACCGCCAACGCCCUCCUUCGUCCAUGUACUCGCCGUCUGCGGGCUCGGCCUUGACGGCUCUACAACACGCCGUGGCGCUCCCCGACGCGUUCUCGACCCAAGAGUAUGUUCGUGCACUUCGUCGAAAUCACGACGACGUCACGAAGGCCGCGGUACAACUCAGAGCCAAGCACGCGUGGCUGAAAACGAAUCAAUUUGACAACCUCAGCCUCGCCAAACCGUCCAUACAACGUGAAGUGAAGAAGCAAUACUUGCAAGUCCUCCACAACGCCACGGACAAGUGCAAGUGCCCGGUCGUAGUGUUUUCCGUCUCCAAGUUCCACCCGUCUCAGUCGUCGGACAAAUUGGUUGCAGGCAGGGAGCAAUGCACCGACCAUGGCGGGGCGUCUCUCGUCGAUGAAAGCACAAGCACGUUCGAGGACGCCCGGCGUCUCAUUGUGUACAUGGUUACCUUGGCCGUCGAGUUGAUGGAAGACGAGAACGCCCCAGGCAUCGUGUACCUCAUCGAUAUGGACGGGGUAUCGACCAACGUCGUCACCGAAGGCAGCGUCCACAUUGAGCUCCUCCGCAUGCUCAAGGAAUAUUACCCCGAAACAGUCCAGUUCUGCUUUGUCGUUAACUUCUCCACCAACACGUUCGUGCAGCAAGCGACGGCCUACGUGCUCAAGUCGCUGGGGAUAUCGGAGCGCACGCACGCCAAGAUCAAGUUUAUCAAGGACGUCCGAGAACUCCAUCCGUAUUUCAACGCGCCUGCGUUGCCACAAGCAUACGGAGGCGCGUACAAACUCAUGCCCGCUGCGACAUGGAUGGAAAUCCAAGCCGACAUGGAAGGUCUCGACUUGGACGAUCUCCCUGCCGAAGAAGAAUCGACUUACAUGACGAAACAAGCUCGUGAGCUCAACGGGAUGCAAUACGCGGCAUGCUCGGUCAGCGAAGUGGUAGAAAUGAACACCACCGUGCUGCGGGGUACGUUGUGGCGCAACAAGAGCGGCAUCAGCUGGGUCAAGAUGUAUGCCGUCCUUCGACCGGACGCACUCUUGCUGUACGAAGAUAUCAAGGGAGCGAUGCCCAUGGUCAUCAUUCCCGUCAAUCACGACGUCGCGAUCGCAGCCGCGCAGUUUGACAAUGCGCCCCGCGGCACGUUUGGAUUUCGAGUCGACGUGGAAGGCGUGCCCGGCGGCCAUUUGCUCGCAGCCGCGACGGAGAAAGAACGCGGCAACUGGUUGCAGGAUAUCCAGAUGGGCAUUCAAGCGUUCCAAGAUCUGCAUGCGCGCGAAGUGUACGACGAAGAGCGACGCAUUCGCAUGGACCAAGAGUUUGAGAAGCUCAACAUGAUUGACUUUUCCACCGAGCUGCCGGUGCAACCGUUGCCGCCACGCGCAAGUCCGUCCAUUGUCGGUACAAGCCAGGAAGCUCCGUUCUUGCCCGCUGCUUCUCCCACCACCAACCGUCAACCUGCCACGCAGCCAAGUCGUGGAACACACGCCGUCGGCGGGACAUUUGACGCUUUUGAAGGUUUGGCACUGUCGACACCGCCAUCGCAGAUGUACGUCGGUCAAGUCGCACCAGCACGUUUCGGUCAGAAUGCACAACCCAACCAUUUGCCGCCCCAGCAACAGAUCCAGUUUGGACAACCACCCCAGCUCAACCCGACCCUGCCGUAUCCCCAAGGCUAUGGGCAAUCCCCACAACAAGCAUAUGCACCACAGCCACUUCACUCCUCGCAGUCGCACAUGUACCCUCCACAGCAGCAAGGACACCCCCAACACGGACUGGCCACUCACGGAUUCCCAUCGCAACGUCCCCAGCACCCGCAGUUUGCUUACCCCCCGCCUCCUCCCAAUGCAAGAAUGUACUAGCCAAGACAGUGGAAUACAUGGAAUUGACAGCCGGGUGGGGCGGGUCGUGGUCUACGCAGUCGCUUCGGCGGCGGCUUUGGCCGCAGCUUCCCGUCCACCGUUUUCCCACCUGAAAUGGACGGCAGCAUGAGCACACGUCGUCGAUGGAAGGACAUGAACGUACGCGAAUUUGCGGUAGAGCUGGGUCAGUCCAGUGCCAGCCAUGAAAACGUUGACACUGAACAAGUUCCAGUUCUUGGGGGUGACCACCAAACUGU